CCCCCCACACCCCCUCCGCCCCGGCACCCGGGACCCUCCCCCCGCAGGAGCCGCACGGGGCAGGGGGCGCAGCGGAGGCAGGAUGAGUGGGGGGGUCUAUGGAGGAGAUGAGGUGGGGGCGCUCGUCUUUGACAUCGGCUCGUUCUCGGUCCGAGCUGGCUACGCCGGAGAAGACUGCCCCAAGGCGGAUUUCCCCACCACGGUGGGGCUGCUGGCCCCCGAGGACGCGGCGCUGGAGCUGGACGGGGAGAAGGAGAAGAAGCCGGGGAAGGUUUAUUACAUCGACACCAACUCGCUGCACGUCCCGCGGGAGAACACCGAGGUCCUGUCGCCCCUGAAGAACGGCAUGAUCGAGGACUGGGAUUGUUUCCAGGCCAUCCUGGACCACACCUAUGGCAAACACGUCAAGUCGGAGCCCGGCCUGCACCCCGUGCUCAUGUCCGAGGCACCGUGGAACACCCGGGCCAAGCGGGAGAAGCUGACCGAGCUGAUGUUCGAGCAUUACGCCAUCCCGGCCUUCUUCCUCUGCAAGACCGCCGUGCUCACCGCCUUUGCCAAUGGGCGCAGCACGGGGCUGGUGCUGGACAGCGGGGCCACCCACACCACGGCCAUCCCCGUGCACGACGGGUACAUCCUGCAGCAAGGGAUUGUGAAGUCGCCGCUGGCCGGGGAUUUCAUCUCCAUGCAGUGCCGGGAGCUCUUCCAGGAGAUGAACAUUGAGAUCGUGCCCCCCUACAUGAUCGCUGCCAAGGACCCCGUGCGUGAGGGGGCCCCCCCCAACUGGAAGAAGAAGGAGAAGCUGCCCCAGGUCUCCAAGUCCUGGCACAACUACACCUGCAAUGAGGUGAUCCAGGAUUUUCAGGCCUCAGUGCUACAGGUCUCUGACUCCCCAUAUGACGAGCAGGUGGCUGCCCAGAUGCCCACCGUACACUACGAGAUGCCCAACGGGUACAACACGGACUACGGGGCUGAGCGGCUGCGCAUCCCCGAGGGGCUCUUCGACCCCUCCAACGUCAAGGGUCUCUCUGGUAACACCAUGCUGGGCGUCGGGCACGUGGUGACCACCAGCAUCGGCAUGUGUGAUAUCGACAUCAGGCCGGGUCUCUACGGCAGCGUCAUUGUGACCGGGGGCAACACCCUGCUCCAGGGAUUCACCGACCGGCUGAACCGCGAGCUGUCGCAGAAAACGCCCCCCAGCAUGCGCCUCAAACUCAUCGCCAGCAACAGCACCAUGGAGCGGAGAUUCAGCCCCUGGAUCGGGGGGUCCAUCCUCGCCUCGCUAGGCACCUUCCAGCAGAUGUGGAUCUCCAAGCAGGAGUACGAGGAGGGCGGGAAGCAGUGCGUGGAGCGGAAAUGCCCCUGAUGCAGCCGGCGCCCCCUGGCGGUGGGGCUGGGGUUCCCGCGGGCACCUGCCCCCAGGGUCCCCUCCCCCACCCCACCCCACCCUUCUUCCAGUCCCCAAGCUCUCACCAUUAUGGUCACAAGACCUUUGGCUGGGGGAAGCUGGGGGAGGGUCCAAGCCCCCCCCCCCCCGUCCUUAUCCCAUGUCUUUUCAUCAUUACCCCCUCCGCUCCCCUCCCAGAGCCGGGGAAAGAACCCAGGAGUCCUGGAUCCCAGCCCCCCUGCUCUAACCCACCAGCCCCCGCUCCCCUCCCAGAGCCAGGGAGAGAACCCAGGAGUCCGGGCUCCCCCCCCCCCCCCUUUUCUAAUUCCCUUAUAUGCAGGGGCUAAAGCAAAGCACAGGGAUGGGGUGGGUGUGGGGGGGGGGGGCUGUUAGUGGCAGAGGGGCUUGAGUUCAGACUCUGGGGUGGCCCAUGACAGGGGGCGCCCCCUGUGGGUCAGAGGGAGAACAGAGUCCCCCACAAUUCUUUCCCUGCUCCCCUCCUCUCCGAGUCACAGCCCCCCAUUCGCUGUGCCAUGUCCCCCCCCCCCCCCGGUGCCCAUCGCUAGCUCGUUACGUGCUUCGUUAAUUGGCUUGGUUCAUUUUCAUGGGUGCGAACGUGGCGUCUAGACAACGGCCCGCAAUAAACGUCCGAAAAGGAGAAAA